UUCCACACGGGGAUGGGGCGUGCUGCGUGGUAAGAAAUUGGAUAUAGUGUAAAAAGGGCGAGAGAGACCAUUGAGCCUGCGGCUGCGGCGGUCAGGAGGCAGCGGCGCCGCCGAAGGUGAAAGGGGCCUUGUGAAUUUCAGAUUAAGCGGCAGCUCUCAACGCAGGUCGGAUGGGCUGUUAAAGGAACAGAAGUCACAGUGGUAUGGAGGCAGAGGAUUUUCCUCCCCCACCACCGGAAGUUCUAGAAAAUGAAUCAAAAGGCAACGAUGAAGAGGAGGAAGAAGGAGAACUAUUUGAUUUUGAUAGCGGUGAUGAAAUACCAGAAGCAGACAGACAAGCACUUGCGCUACCUGCUUCGGACUCUGGGAUUCAUGUAGAACAUGAAGACACUAACUGCACAGCAGAUGACAACAUAUGCAGAACUGAGACAAUACAAACAGAAUCUAGUGCAGAGGGUGCUCCAACAAAAGUAAAUCCAUAUUCAGUCAUAAAUAUUUCACCAAUCCAAGAAAAAGAUCCUUCCUCAUCACCAGAACCCAAUCUUCAAGAUGAAAGUGAAAGCCCUGACUUGUCUGGUGGAUAUUCUGUUCCCGUGCCUUGUGGCUAUGCAGUACCAUCCAAUUUACCUCUGAUGCUGCCGGCAUACUCUAGUCCUGUCAUAAUACGCAGCGUAUCUGUGGACGAAGAAGUGGGCAUACUGUCAGUAACUGAAGAUGGCAAUUGCAAUUCUUUGAGCUCUGAGGAUCCCCCAAAUAGUGAAGAUAACCAGGUCAGUAAAGAAGAAGAUGCUUUAGCCAAAUGGGUUGCUGAUCCUGCAAAUACCUCAUGGAUGGAAAACCCAGAGGAAGUGAUUUAUGAUGAUGUGCCAAAGGAAGAUUCAGAUACUGAACCAGAGGAAAUGAUUUAUGAUGAUGUUGAAAAUGGAGAUGAAGGUGGAAACAGCUCUCUAGAAUAUGGAUGGAGCUCAAGUGAGUUUGAAAGCUAUGAAGAACAAAGUGACUCAGAGUGCAAAAAUGGAAUUCCCAGCUCCUUUUUGAGAGGCAGCCACAAAAGACAUCUUUCUCAUGACCUAACCCGUUUAAAGGAGCACUAUGAGAAAAAGAUGAAAGAUUUGAUGGCAAACACUGUGGGAGCAGUAGAGAUUCAGCAACUAAAGCAAAAACAUGAGCUGAAGAUGCAAAAGCUUAUGAGGGCUGCUAGGGAAGGUACCAAAGAUGGCUAUGAAAAGACUAAAGCAGCUGUGAAGAAAGGUCGUUCGUUCAUCAGAACCAAAUCCUUUAUUACCCAAGAUCAUAAAGCUUGCUCUCUGGAAGAAGAGGAGCUGAAUUUAUUUAUUGAUGUGGACUGUAUGCAUACAGAAGCAAUUAUGACUCCUAUGCCUGAAGGAUUAUCACAACAACAGGUUGUGAGAAGAUAUAUUCUGGGCUCCGUGGUUGACAGUGAGAAGAAAUAUGAGGAUGCUCUCAAAAGAAUUUUGGAGCAAUAUGAGAAGCCUCUCUCAGAAAUGGAACCAAAGCUGCUGAGUGAAAGAAAACUCAAAAUGGUCUUUUAUCGUAUUAAGGAGAUUCUUCAGUGCCAUUCAAUGUUUCAGAUAGCAUUGGCCAGCCGUGUCUCUGAGUGGGAUUCUGUUGAAAUGAUUGGUGAUGUCUUUGUUGCUUCAUUUUCUAAAUCCAUGGUACUAGAUGCAUACAGUGAGUAUGUAAAUAACUUCAGCACAGCAGUGGGGAUUCUCAAGAAAACAUGUGCCACGAAACCUGCCUUUUUAGAUUUUUUGAAGCAAUGCCAGGAGUUGAGCCCUGAUAGAAUUACACUCUAUGGUUUAAUGAUGAAACCCAUACAGCGCUUUCCCCAGUUCAUUCUUCUGCUUCAGGAUAUGUUGAAAAAUACUAUAAAAGGACAUCCUGACAGGCUGCCACUACAGAUGGCUCUUACAGAACUUGAAACGUUGGCAGAGAAAUUAAAUGAAAGGAAAAGAGAUGCAGAUCAGCGCUGUGAAAUAAAGCAAAUCGCAAAAGCCAUGAAUGAACGUUAUUUGAACAAGUUACUUAGCAGUGGAAACAGAUACCUAAUACGUACGGAUGAUAUGAUAGAAACAGUUUACAGCGAGAAAGGAGAAAUUGUCAAAACCAAAGAACGACGACUCUUCAUGCUGAAUGAUGUAUUGAUGUGUGCAACAGUGAGCUCACGCUCUUCAUAUGAAGGCAGUGGCAUCAUGGCAGCUGGCCUAAGAUAUUUAUUAAAAUGGAGUGUGCCACUAGGACAAGUGGAAGUAAUAGAAUACAGCAGCAGUGAAGGCCAAGGAGAGAACUGCAGAUUCCCACCUCAGCACUUGGCCGAGAAUGUCAUUAACAUUAAGCCAAAUAAACUUUAUAUGGGACCAGGACAACUGUACCAUGAUUUGCAGAACCUUUUACAUGAUUUGAAUGUAGUCAGUCAAAUAAGUCAACUUAUAGGCAGUCUUAAAGGAAACUAUCAGAACUUAAACCAAUCAGUGGCCCAUGACUGGACAUCAGGUUUACAAAAACUUAUACUGAAAAAAGAAGAUGAAAUCAGAGCAGCAGAUCGCUGCAGAAUUCAACUACAGCUUCCAGGGAAGCAGGACAAGUCUGGGCGGCCAACUUUCUUUACUGCAGUAUUCAAUACAUUUACUCCUGCUAUCAAACAAUCUUGGAUCAGCAAUUUACAAAUGGCUAAGCUUGCUCUUGCAGAGGAGAACUUCCUGGGGUGGUUCUGUUUAGAAGAUGAUGGGAAUCAGAUAAAAAAAGAGAAGCAUCCUCUCCUUGUUAGACACAUGCCAGUAACAGUGGCCAAACAACAGGAAUUUAAGAUUGAAUGUGCUGCUUAUAAUCCUGACCCUUACUUCUGUAGUGAAACUGAGCCAGAUACUUGUUCCAUGGAGCAUGGUUUCCUGUGGAUUGGCAGUUGCACUAAUCAAAUGGGCCAAAUUGCAAUUGUCUCAUUUCAAAACUCCAGCCCCAAGGUUAUUGAGUGCUUCAAUGUGGAAUCACGCAUUCUCUGCAUGGUAUACAUUCCAGAGGAGGAGAAACCGAAAGAAUUAAAUGUGGCUCUUGAGUCUGAAAAUGUGGUUUCAAAAACCUCAAAUGUGCCUACUGUCUGCUUGGGCAUGGAGGAAGGAAGUAUUUCUAUUUAUAAGAGUCAUCAAGGCUCAAAGAAAGUCCGACUUCAGCACUUCUUCACCCCUGAAAAAUCAACUGUCAUGAGCCUAACGUACCUGUCACAGUACUUGUUUGCUGGUCUGGUUAAUGGGAACAUUGCAAUCUACACAAAAGCAGAAGAUGGAACCUGGAAUUCAGAACCCCAGAAAGUAGUGAAACUAGGGGUUCUGCCCGUUAGAAGUCUGAUCAUGAUGGAAGACACCAUUUGGGCUGCGUGUGGUGGACAAAUUUUUAUAAUCAAUAUUGAAACCCAUGCUGUUGAGAGCCAUUUUGAAGCUCAUCAAGAAGAAGGGAUGGUGAUCUUGCACAUGGCUGUUGCAGGAGUGGGAAUCUGGAUUGCCUUCACAUCUGGAUCGACGCUCCGCCUCUUCCACACUGAGACACUGAAACACCUCCAGGACAUUAACAUUGCCACUCCUAUUCACAAUAUGUUGUCAGGACAACAACGUGUUUCUGUGACCAGUCUGCUGGUAUGCCAUGGUUUAUUGUUGGUUGGAACAAAUCUGGGUAUUAUAGUAGCACUACCUGUGCCUCGUUUGCAAGGAAUUCCAAAAGUAACUGGAAGGGGAAUGGUAUCCUAUCAUGCACAUAAUGGCCCAGUCAAAUUCCUUGUAACAGCUACAGCUGUAAACAAGAAAAACAAAAGCAAAUCCAGAAGCAGCCUCCCUUCUAACUCUGAAUUGAAAGAAGAUGACCAAAAAAAUGCCCUGCAAAAUGAUGGACCAAGCUGUUCCCUAAAUAACAUGCACGACACUGCAGUAUGGCUAGGCAGUUCAGUAGGAUCCAUUGCACAAAGAAGUGACAUGUCGUCUUCAUCUGGGUCUCUGACGCUGUCUCAUGGAUCAAAUUCCUUAGAACGUAGGCCAGAGGACAGCUCCAUUUAUGAGCUUUUGAAGGAUCAAAACAUCUCACUUAAAAGUAAAAAGCAGCGAUCCAAGAAAAUGAAAGCAAGUUCAGUAUUAGUCAUCUCUGGAGGACAAGGACAUAGAAGGGUGAACAAGAAGACCAAGCAGCAGCGACAGGAUGAACUGGUGUCUUCUGUGAUGGUUUGGCAGAUUCCACUAUUAAACAUCUAAGUGACUAAAACCAUGCUAAAUGGUGACUUUUUCAAAGUCAUUGAAUUUCAUUCCUAAACUCUACAUUUGUUGUUAUGCUUUGUCUUUUAAAGGGUUGUUAUCUUACUACAGUGAAUUCUAAGGACCCAGCACUGCAGCCAUUACUCAUGUGAACAGUCCUGUUUAAGUCAGUUGGAUUGAUCACCUGGGUACGGGCUACACAAUAGGAUGUUCUAAAUAGGUUAAGGAAUCUAUCCUAUUACGAUAUUGAAAAUACUGAGCUGCUUCUGAGGGCUCUGCUACUUAAAAUAUUGGGGAUAUAUCAGACCCUUUUAAAUGGUUUUAGAAACUCUAUUUAUAUUCAAGUUUAUAUCUGUCAUUAUUAUGAUUUGUAGCACUUAGGAGAGGCAGGGAAGACGUAACAUUUCACAUGCUGGUAUUUUGGUUUAUUUUGUUUUGUUUCCUUUAGUCACCUCUUUUUCCAAAGUGAUACUUGCAUGUACUGUACAUUUUAACAAAGCAGAAAAUAUUUUGAGCAAUAAAGGUACUAAUAAAGGGUAAUAGGUUAAUUAAGCAAUUACUAUAUAAUAUAAUUCCACAAGACAGUGUGAGUUUUUACAUAAAACCCCUCAGUCAGAUAGACUGUUUAUUUUAAUCUUUCAAAGCAAAAACACACAGUUAAUUUCUAAUCCUUAGUGUUAUUUAAAAGUAAUGCUACAGGAAACACCAGUGUGUUAAGAGCAUUGGAAGAUGUGAGAUAUAUGUUGCUUACUUUUACUCUAUAGUGGAGGCUCUUGCACAUGAUCAUUUGGAACAAACAGAAAACACAAGUUGGAGAUACAAAACAGAUGUGCUUUCUCAUGAACUUAUUGGUGCCAGUGCUUGCAGUGCAUUCUGUUGCUGGCAAUGGGAUGUGCUUCUAGUACCAAGGAUAUGUAGAACAUCUACAUGCCAUUUUUAACAAUACAUAAAAUUUGCAUUUUGUGUUGGCAGGGAAGCAGUUAACGUGGAGAAGUACAUAGUGAUUCAAUGAGUAAUGCAGGGAGUCAAUACUGAGCAUAAGACCUUCUGGAUAUAUCUAUAUCUACAGGAAGUGCACAUAUUAAGGCAGGCAUUCAUCUGAAAUCAAUUAAUGUGUGCUUUACGCAUGACUACAGGCUAAAAUCUACUACGUAAUGUUGGUAGAUAGAAGUGUGCUGUAGUGGCCAUUUGCAAGCAGCAGGGACCAUUUCUCAGCAGUAGUCACCCUUUUCAGCCUGCCAGAAUGACAGAUGAAUAGCUUCUUUUCUAAAAUGAAUACCGUAAAGAUGGAGCCAGAGACUCUGCUGCACCCAAUCUUUACUGAUGGUGACAGGGCAGGGAGGGUUCAAAGAUACUAGUUGGUGGCUUCUCUAGACUACAUCAGCUGGUAACUAACCCCAAGGGACUGUCCACCAACUGAGAAUGUCUGGAUCUUUGGCCACCUGCCCAUCCAUCCUUCUGGAAGACCCUCCUGGUCCAUCUCCUUUUCACAUCCAGAGCCAGUGUGGAAGAGAACAAUUCUAUGGGAAUUCUCAACUGGAGUGAUCCAGUCAAUUUAUGCCACUCCGGUAUUGCUAAAGUGCCAAAUUACAAGAGAGAAUCUGGCCAUAUAUGCUCAUUUAACAAGUAAAAUUGCAUGUUGCCUGAUUAAGUUAGAGUGCAAUGGGAAUUUUAUUAGCUUUUAGGGUGUUAUAGGUCAAAUUACUUAAAGGGGUAGCUAUUUCCUCCCAUAAUGUGUGACAAUGAAACAAAGCCUCCAAUUCAGAAAAGGACUGUACUGAAGCAUAUGUGUCUUGAUUAUGAAUUCUUUCCUGAACUGAGUUCUAACUAGCUAGGGGAUAGCUCGAAUACUAGAAAACAUAAAAGAGGCCAGGUAAAUAUUUGACUAUCAAACUUCAUUUGGUUUUGGUAAACUCUACAGUGCAUAAUCAUCAACACCAUGUAAGAGCACAAAAUAUGAGCAAAACAUUUUCAAACCCAGAAUAAAUGCCAAAUGUUUGCAUUGGCUAGAAUCAAGUAAACAACAUAUACUUUUGGACUAUUUUUAUUCCUCCUUGGGGGGAAAAUGGUUUUCACAUGUUUCAAAUGAAGUCCAACACCUCUGAUAUAAAGUUCUUAAUCUAACCAAGCAGUCAGGUCUGUAGGCAGACCCUUAUGCCAGUACAGAACUCCACUGACUUCUGUGGAAUUGUCCACAGGCAUAAAAGACUACUUGUGCUGAACUGACUGCAGAGGCAAGUUCUAAUUUUCUGCAAAGGGAAGAAGACAGUUCUAAUUCUGCAUGGUUCCCCUAUUUGGAAUUCCAUUGCCAUGCAUGCAUGAAGGAUUGUACCCACUCUUAUGCAUCUCUUUAUUGUUAGCAACAAUGGGCUGAGUCCACUAGUCCACCACAGGUUGAAAUGGAAUUCCAAAAGAUUUGCAUGAUCUGCUAGUAGAACUACACAACUAUAUAUCUUCAAGUUUUAGAAGACAAUAUUGUAGCCAAAUUGUACUUUCAUUUAUAAACAGUACAAACACAGCACAGUCCUGCUCCUAUGAAAGUCAACUAAGCACUAUACAUUGUAUUAUAAAGCUAUGAGGCUAAGAGAAAUUUUACAGCAUUUUAUAAAACUAUAAGUCAAAGCUCUAGUGAGUAAAAAAAACCUGUUUCCAAUAUUUGCUUUGUAAUAAUAUUGCCAACUGAUAUGUCAUUAACAUCAAAUGCAAACCAAAGGUACUUUUACAGUCAAUAAAAAAACUUGAUAGAUACAUUUGAUCGUAUCACGAGGUUGGUCAGAUCUGGUUUUAAUGUCACUUUGAUAUAAAAAAAAUGUAAGAGGGAAAAGGGAAAUAGUGUAACCACUAGCAUACAUCUCAUAUUAUGUUUUCUAACAAAUAAUAUCUAUGUUAUAACAUGAGCCAUAACUGUAUUUAUGUGCAGAGUAAACUCAGCAAAAUGUUUAAUUAAAAAACUGUGAAUAAAAAAUUAAGCUUCAAAAAUAUAUUUUUUUAUU